AUGCAAAUGGUCAAGGAUGUUCUGGCCAACAGUGAUAAAGUUUCAGAGGUCCUACAAGAGUCUACUCAUCAGUUCAACCUGCUUACUUCACCCACCUUCCUACCAAAGGUCAAGGAUCAAGGGAAAUUCACUCUCCCUUGCACACUUGGGCAUCUUGAGAUUGACAAUGCCUUAGUGGAUUCUGGAGCAAGCAUCAAUCUGAUCUCUCUCUCCAUGGCAGAGAAGCUAGGCAUAGCUGGAGCCUUGCAGCGCCCUACUACUUCAAUCAUCUUUGGAGAUGCAACUACUAAGUCUCCUCUUGGAGUGUUCAAGAACUAUCACUUGAAAAUUGGAGAAUGCAUCAUCCAAACUGAUCUCACUGUGAUGGAAAUGGAAGAAGAGAAGGAUUUGCCUUUUAUUGGGAACCCCUUUCCUUAUACCAAUCUCAGUUCUAAGAGUCAUGGAGCUACAAAGGUUGUGAAGGAAAGGGUUGACAAGGAACCAAGAGUUGGGAAGGAUAAGGAUGAGAGAGGACCAAGGAUUGAGAAGCCACGUCUUGAGAGGGCUAGAGUUGAGAAACCACGAUCUGAUAGGCCAAGAGCUGAGCGACUUGUUCAAGCCCCUUGUGUGCUUGAUGAAGAGAGCCUUCAAGCUUUGUUUGAUGAGCCACUAGGAAGGGCUCUACAAGAAGGGGAGGAUGCAGCCUCUAAGGCAAGACCAGGAGAUAAAAGAAAGGAUCCACCAGCUCAGGCCCCUUCAGUCAAGCCAUCUCAGCUCACAAUGACUUGUUCCCCACCAAGUUUGAAAAUGGGAAGAUUGAGUACAAGAUAA